AUGAGCGGUGGAGCCGAAAUAGCUGUAUCAUUAAGAUCAAGGAUUACUGAAUUCUGGAUCGACCAACCACCGCUUUGGUUUGUCCAGUGCGAAGCCAUAUUAACACCGCAGAAGUUAAGUGAUAAAAACAAGUACAACUUAUUCGUUGCAAACAAGGAAACGAUGCACUUUACUCAAUAUCUCCACAGGGAUAUGUUAUCUUCAGCGAUAGAUUUGAUCAUUUACACAUGGAGUCAUGUUACCAUGGUAGAUAGAAAAACGGGUUGGCCAGAAGCUUAUCCUGUAAAAGACAGUGCUGAAACUGUUGCAGAUAUCAUGUUGUCAGGUUGGAUAUCAAGAUUUGGUUGA